GCAUAUAAGGCACCUCAGUCCUUGAAAGCAGCACAGGCGGCGGAUGGUCCGUGACCAGCAGAGACGGUGAAGGAGCUGAGACAUGGAGGACAACCCAGCACCUACUGGCAGGACCCUGAUGGAUGCAACCACCUUUAAGGACAACUUCGGUCACAUCUGGGAGAAAAAAACUUACAUGUGCCACAAGGUGGAGGUCUGGGAGGGCGAUAAAUGGGUCCCAGUGGAGGAGCUCCAGGACUUCCUGCGCAACCAGGGACCCAGACAUGCAGAGUUGUGCUUCCUGGAUCGGGUCCGUUCUUGGCACCUGGAUGAGGGGAAGCAGUACAGACUUACCUGCUACAUCUCCUGGAGCCCCUGCCCUGACUGUGCCCAGAAACUGGUGGACUUCCUGGGCGAGAACAGCCACGUGAGGAUGUGCAUCUCAGCUGCUCGCAUCUACACCUUUGUCAGUGGCUAUGAGGAUGGGCUGCGCAGGCUGCGGGACGCUGUGGACCGUCUCGCCAUCAUGACAGUUGAAGAGCUUCAGGGCUGCUGGAAAACCUUCGUGGACAACCAGGGCCAGCCUUUUGAGACCUGGACUGAACUGGAAAUAAGCAUAGGAGCCCAAUGUCAGAAGCUGCAGGACAUUCUCGGGGUGAGAAUCAGGGAAACUGAAGGAUGGACUCAAUCUCUCUAAACAGCCGGGGUCUUCUGGUGAACGACGCAUAAAACACUUUCUUCAAGAAAUGAAAACGCAUCACGUGCAGCAUCUCCAACUUGUUCCACAGAAACCAGCAAAAAGCAACAAAUGAGCUCAUAAGGAAUUUUUUAAAAGUCUGAUUGAUUUACUUUUCAUUUUAAAUCAGUGAUUUGUUCUAAAUACACAGCAGUAACAUUCUA